UUAAACGGAAAAUAAUAAUUUAUUCCAAUAUGGAAAUGUUUUUAUUGGCUAUAGCCAUUCUAGUGUUAUCGGUGCUGUUUUUCAAGGGCAUUAAAAUAUUCAAUUAUAUUGAUCAUGUGGCGGGUAUAAUGGAAAUGAUACCGGGUCCAACACCCUAUCCGUUUGUGGGAAAUCUAUUUCAAUUUGGUUUGAAGCCGGAUGAAUAUCCCAAAAAGAUUUUACAAUAUUGCCGGAAAUAUGAUUUCCAAGGCUUCCGUUCAUUAGUAUUUUUUCAAUAUCAUGUCAUGCUGAGUGACCCGGCGGAAAUACAGAAUAUGCUCUCCAGCUCUGCUUUAUUGUAUAAAGAACAUUUGUAUUCGUUUUUACGCCCCUGGCUAGGUGACGGUUUACUUACUAGCUCCGGUGCUAGAUGGCUGAAACAUCAAAAGAUUUAUAUGCCUGCAUUUGAUGGCCAGGCUAUAGACGGCUAUAUGCAGGUGGUUAAUAAAACAGGCAACAAAUUUGUUCACCAACUGCAUGAUUAUGCCGCCAAUGGGGAAAUGUUCGAUAUACAACAAUUGGUUAGGAAAUGUACACUGGAUAUUGUGUGUGAAAAUGCCACUGGUAUAUCAAGCAACUCACUGGGCAAUAAACCAUCUGAAAUGCAAAGGGCAAUCACAGACCUUUGUGAUGUUAUACAAGAGCGUACUUUUAGCAUUGUUAAGAGAUACGAUACUUUGUUCCAAUUAACACCAUAUUAUGGCAAACAAAGAAGAGCUUUACGUUCUUUAAAAACCGAAAUCAAUCGGAUUGUGGAGCAACGAAGACGUCAAUUACAAGCUGCCAACACCACCAUCACCAACAAUGCAGCUGACAUGCUUGCAACAGAUGCACACUUGAAACCGUUUUUAAAUGUCCUUCUAAAGGCCAAAUUGGAUGGCAGAGAAUUGAAACUGGGUGAAAUAUUUGAAGAAAUAUCCACAUUUAUAUUCACAGGCCAUGAUCCCACAGCGGCUGCUUUAUCCUUUACUUUAUACACCUUAUCUCGUCAUCCGGAGAUACAACAUAAAGUGUAUGAAGAACAGCAACGUAUUUUUAAAUCGAAAACAUUGGAGGAGUUUAAAACGUGUGAGGCCACUUUAAAGGAAUUGGACGAAAUGUCUUAUUUGGAAUUGGUAUUAAGGGAAACCUUGAGAUUGUAUCCAUCGGUGCCCUUAAUAGCACGUACUAAUCGCAAGGCUAUAGAUAUUAAUGGUACUCAAAUUUGCAAAAGAACCACGGUGAUAAUGUGCCUCAUAGCCAUGGGCUAUAAUGAGAAAUAUUUUGAAAAUCCCUGUGAAUUUAAACCCGAGAGAUUUUCAAAUAUUUCCAAGGAUGAAAAUAUUGGCAUAGAAGCUUUCAAAUCGGUGCCUUUCAGUGCUGGUCCCAGAAAGUGUAUAGCUGAGAAAUUUGCCACUUAUCAAUUGAAAGCUUUACUUUCUCUUAUUUUACGCCAUUAUGAGAUUUUACCCGCCCAGGAUGGUCUUCCGGCUGGUAUUAAUGAUCAUUCCCGCAAGGAUUGUGUGCCAGAGAGUGAAUUUGAUCCGAUUUUGAAUAUCAGAGUUACGUUAAAAUCGGAAAAUGGUAUUUUAGUUAGACUUAAGGAGAGAAAAUAAACAACAAAGUCAAUCAUCGUUUGGCUGCUUUAUAUUUAAUUAAAUAAACAAAAUUUAGUUCUA